AUAAACGAACACAUUCAAUAUCUUCUAAAUUCGCCACUUUGACAAAUGUACAAAAAUGAUACGUAAAUAGUAUACGGCAAAAAAAAAAAAAAAAAAGAAGAAAAAAAGAAGAGAAAAAAAUUAUACAAAAUAAUGAUCAAAAUUUUUGGUGUAAUCUCACAAUAUUCAAACGAUGCAGUGUUACCGUUUGUUCGUCCCAAAUGGGAAUCCAUUGGAAAUUUAUAAUUCGGAUUACGGUUGAACAAUGGAUGGAUCAAGUGAAAUAAUAACAAUUUUCAUAGGGCAGGCUGGCACGCAAUUAGCAAAUGCCUGUUGGGAAUUAUUCUGUCUGGAACAUGGCGUGUCUCCCAAUGGCUGUCUUCGCCAAGGUUACUAUCCAACGGAUCCUGCUAUGUGCGCCUUCUUUUCAGAGUCGCAAGUAAGAAAGCUGACACCGCGAACGAUGAUCAUUGAUCUGGAGCCAAGCGUGAUCGACGAGAUUAAAACGGGCGAUUACAAGCAAUUGUUCAGCCCCGAUUCGUUGGUCACCGGAAAACAAGACGCGUCGAACAAUUACGCGAGGGGUUACUACAGCAUCGGUAGAGAGGCGAUUCCUCUCGUAUUGAGUCGUAUUUCCAAGAUAUGGGAAGCGUGCUCGAAGCCAGCUGGAUUCAUCGUAUUCAGAUCGAUAAGCGGUGGUACCGGAAGUGGUUUUGCCUCCUUGCUACUUCAACAAUUAUCAACCGAUUAUCCGAAAACGAUCACUUUGGACUUUGUUAUUUAUCCAUCCCCCAACAUAUCCGCAGUUAUCGUGGAACCGUACAACGCGUUAUUCUCUAUCCACAGUUCAUUGGAUCACGUGGACUGUUCCUUCCUCGUUGACAACGAAGCUCUGUACAACAUUUGCGCCAGCAAUUUGGACGUAAACGAUCCAACUUUCACCAAUCUGAACCGCCUGUUAGCCCAAAUUACAUCCAGCGUCACGGCUUCGAUGAGGUUCGAGAGCGCUGUGAACGUUAGCCUCCAAGAAUUGCAAACUAAUCUGGUACCUUAUCCAAGAAUUCAUUUCUCCUUGACUACGUACGCUCCGCUGAUCUCUCCUAGAAGGGGCAUGUACGCUGAAAUUACCACCCAGCGGAUCACCAAUGAUUGUUUCAUACCUUCGAAUCAGAUGUUGUCGAUCGAUCCACGUACCGGAGCUUAUACCAGUUGUUGUUUACUUUAUCGUGGAGAUGUGAGCGCAAAUGACGUUAACAGAACGAUCGCGUCACUGAAAGGGGCAAAGUCUAUUCGUUUCGUCACUUGGGCUCCGACCGGGUUCAAAGUAGGUAUUAAUUAUCAGCCGACCACGACCGUCCCUGGCGGUGAUCUGGCAAAAUCGAGCAGGACGGUGGUGAUGAUCAGCAACAACACAGCUAUGAGACACAGAUGGUCGAUGCUCACCCGGAAAUACGACUUGAUGUACCAGAAAAGAGCUUUCUUUCAUCAUUACAUAGGGGAGGGUAUGGAGGAGGAUUUUUUCAAGGAGGCACGGGAGGACAUGAUGACUCUGAUCAAUGAUUACAAAGAGAUCGAGAGAUGAUCCUUUAAGAUUCUUCGCUUUCCAAUUUAUAAAGUUUCUCUUGUGCGAGAGAUAAAGAGACAUUUGCGAUCGCUGUACUUUAUUUCAGCAAAGGUUAGUAACAAAAGGUUAGUAAAUAGAGAAGAAAGAAUUUUAUAAUAUUUACUGGAACCGUGGUACGGUUGAGCAAGGAGCGUUUGAUUUAUUUCUAUUAUUUCAGAGGAGAAGAAGAAAGUGUGAUUGCACCGAGAUAAGAAAGAAUCGCGCGAAGAUAAGCGGACAGCCAGUGGUAGACUCGCUGGCACCAAUGGGUACAACGCGAGCGAUCGUGUAAUAUUGACUUUCACUUGUUACAUUUGCCACGGACAUACAGACCAUCGAUAAGGAAUCACGCACUUUUCGAUCUGAACGUGUGGAUACCUGCAUGUUCCACACUGUGAAACAAGCAUAUAUACAAAAUUAGGCCUUGUUGUAUUCGUGUAAACGACGUGCUAAUGAUAAGCGGUAUCGGGUGAUUGGUAUCCCCUGGCGAUAUCAUUCGUGCCAUCCGCUUUGUUCUGGAUAUAAUCGGUCAUUUAUCUUCGUUAUCUUCGAAGACAAUUAAGAAUUCCGGGAAAAUAAACAGAAAAAUCCUGACAUAUAUUAUAACGGAGGAGCAACAACACCCUUAUUAUUAUAUUGCGGCUGUAAAAUCUAUAAAAUGUAAAAAAAAAAUAUAUAUAUAUAUACCGAUUUCAAAGCGUACAAUAAAAUAAAAAUCGUA